AGGGGCCCAGCUGCGGGGUCGGGGCACGCAAGCCGCUCCGGGGGUGGUUGAAGGCGCCGAGAGCGCGACCGCGAGCCCUCUCAACCCCUCCAGCUCUCUCCACGUUCGGUCGGAAGAGAGGCCACUGGUGCCCCAAAAGCAAUGAAUGGGGGUGGGAAAGGGGCUGCCGCCCCCAGGUUCCCAAGCGCCUCCCCUCCCUACCCGCUAGCGAGUGAGGUGCCCGCGGGAGCCCCCUCAGCCAGUCCCGUCUGGUUUACCUCACCCGGGUUGGUCCCAGUCUGUUCCCAAGUGGGCUGGGGAACCCUCUCCCGGGCGGAGGAGCAGCACCUCCCCUGGUGUUUGUCCCGCACCUUCGCCUGGGGCUGGUCCCACUCAACACCAUACCAACCUGCUGGAUGUUGCCGGUGGGAAACAGGCUCCGAGAGCUUAGCCACUUGCUGUGUCUGUCUCAACAAUGAGCAGCUGGAAUCCUCCCUACACCUGCUCCGAACUGAGGGCAUUCACACAGUUAAAAGAAAAAAAAUCAUUGUUCUCAGAAUUCCACCUUGCUCCAUUUAGUUAUUUCUACAAUAUUCUUUUAAAGAUAAAAGCUGAGCAUGGUUAUGCCUCCAUGUUACCAUACAAUAACAAGGACAGAGAUGCCUUAAAACGGAGGAACAAAUCGAAGAAGAAUAACAGCAGUAGCAGAUCGACUCACAAUGAAAUGGAGAAGAAUAGACGGGCUCAUCUUCGCUUGUGUCUGGAGAAGUUGAAGGGACUGGUGCCCCUUGGGCCUGAAUCAAAUCGACACACUACAUUGAGUUUAUUAACAAAAGCCAAAUUGCACAUAAAGAAACUUGAAGAUUGUGACAGAAAAGCCGUCCACCAAAUAGACCAGCUUCAGCGAGAACAGCGACACCUGAAGAGGCAGCUGGAGAAGCUAGGCCUGGAGAGGAUCCGCAUGGACAGCAUCGGCUCCACUGUUUCCUCAGAGCGCUCCGACUCCGACAGGGAAGAAAUCGAUGUCGACGUGGAAAGCACAGACUAUCUCACGGGUGACCUGGACUGGAGCAGCAGCAGUGUGAGUGAUUCCGAUGAGCGGGGUAGUAUGCAGAGCCUCGGCAGCGACGAGGGCUACUCCAGCUCCAGCCUCAAGAGAAUAAAGCUCCAGGACAGUCGCCAGACCUGUCUGGGUCUAUAAGAAAGCGUGGUCACCAUGACUGCCCCCUCACUGGUUCUCCCUGUCGGAUCGGAUUAGGUAGUGUAUUGGACCUGCCCACAAAGCCCUUGCACGUAAACGUCAGCAUACCACUUUACCAAAAGCAGCUUUGUAAACGUUUUCGAGGAAGUGCUUAGGAUUGUGGGCUUCUGAUUGCAUCCACUAGCUUCUCUCUUUCUCUCCAUAAAAAUUCGUCUCUGAGAGACUGUACAUUCCAAUCAAUUGAAGCACCCAAGAAUGCUUAGACCGAAUAAGCAAUGUCCCCAUCUCUGCAAUUCCGCUGCCCCCUUUACUGUCCUCGUGUAGUCUACCAGACCUUUCUUACAGUUUUCUGGCUUACUAUGUUACUUGCCUAGGAGAAAUGUCAGAGUGUGUCUUGUGCUUAGGAAACUGAAGGAAACAACCUUUUAAAAAGUCGAGAUCCCGAUCUCAGAACUCCAAAGUAAGCUUUGAAAGCGGCAUUGAAGAGCACUUAACCAUGGACCUCACCUCCAGUGAGGAAGCCAGGAAUACCUCCAGAAAAUGCCCUUCCCACACAGCCCCUGCUCACCCCCAGCUCACCGCAUGUGGAUGGGAGCAGUAUUUCUCACUUUAAAGCGGGACACCUUGACGGUGUGUCUUUGGGGGUUACAUAGCUUAUCAAAGCCCCAGCCUUGUUUGUUCUCACAAACAAAAUGGUACAAUCUAUUUUUGCGUGACGUUCUUGGGGCCUUGCUGUGUACUGCUAUCUCCAGGCACAUUUCCCCCCAAAGUUUGGUAAUGCUACUUGUCUCUGGAACAUUUUUUUUUCCUACCUCAGAGAUAAAUGAGAUCUCCAUUUCCCACUUAACACGAAGUGAUUAUGCCUCCUCUCCUUUUCUUUUUCAUUUUUCCCAAAUAAAUGACAUUUGGUCCAGUUCUAAUCUAUUUUCCUAUUUAACUUUCAGCAAUAACUGAGCUUUGGCACUAGCUGAGCUAGUGUCUCUCGUCAGCGAAAGACAAGUCCACAUUUUUACUCUGCAUUGGAGGUGGACAAGAGGGGUUAGUACAGUGUUACUAGAACCCCUCUCCUUGUUGAUUAUUUUUGGACACACCCAGAGACUUCUUUAUGGAGGCUUUUGGGUCGAUAGUUUAAAAGGCUGAUCUUUCUUUUUGGUUAGGAUUUCUCCCUGAAGUGGUCUCCCACUUUGUAGCAUUUUUAUUUAAGCUAAAACAGAGCACAUGUAUAUGUACAUAAGACACAUUAAAUCUAUAAAUACUAUUUAUUCAUUUUAUAUAAACUAAUGUAAUGGAAAAUAAAUUCUUAUGACUUUGUGCUUUUAUAGAUGUUCUAGAAACUUUGUAUGUAGGUAUCUACAAAACUGGUCCAUUCCCCUCAAUAUUUUUGCAUUCAUAUUUUUGAGGUCUUGAUGUUUUCAGCCUCGGGAGAAUCUUUUUCAUUGAAUUUGAACCAUUUGUAAAAUCUGUGACGCUGAAGCCGAGUGUGUCACAAAAAGAUGAGAACAUUCCUAAAAUCCACAGACGCACGGCGACCUAAGGGCUCAAGGCUGACUCAGCAGCGGGCUGCCCAGGCCCCCCGCUGGCCUGCGGUCACUAGCACACCACAGCCUCGCAACUCACCCAGCGCCGCCACCUUCCACACAGCUGUCAAAUGCACUCUACACAGAAGCUCGUUCUGUACAGGAAGAGCGAUCUAAGCAAAGCAAGAUUACUUUUGUGUGUGUGGUGUUUUUUUUUUAAGCAAGUCUUUAUUAAAAAAAUAUUUUUUAAUCGGAAGUGGAUUUCCAAAUGAUUCCAAAGUCAUCUGUAAUUCUUCUGUUUUCUUUUUGUUCUGUUUUAUUUUUUCCUUCAUUUCCGCUUGGGGGGGAGGGGCAGGUGACACAAAAGUUGUUGUUGGUUUUUUUUUUUUUUUGUAUUGUUGGAAUCUUUUCCAAUAACCAGCUAAAGAUUUGCACUGAAAUACAACUUGUAUGCCUUUUGCAUUUUUAAAGCCUGCUUCCUGAAUUUAAGCAGAGUGAUAGUGUUCAAAGAGCCAGCUCAGCCUGUAAAAUGUUUGAAAAAGAUGUACCUGCACUUUGAGGUCCCUUUCGAAUGCCAUUCGCUAGACCUCUCACGCAUUUUGUUUAAUUGCUACAUCCAAGCGCCUCACAAGUCCACGAUGCUGGAUGCUGAACAGCAUCGAAAACUCAAGACUUUGCAAAAAGCUUGUGGGCUUGCCUUGGGGGAGGGAAGGGAACAAAAUUUGUGUACUCGUUUGUUUAAUUUAGGAAUAAGGCAUCUGAGAGAUGCCUUUAUUUUUUUUCUGUGUUUUAAUUGUUGUGCCUUUGAGUUAAACUGCAUUUUUGUCUUUUGGUUGAAAUCUGAAAUGUACUGUCCCAAUAUAAAACAGUAAUUAUUUGACCUUUG